CCAAAGUUGAUUAUUUUAGCACAUGGAUGCAAGGAAAAAGCAUAUUCCCUUUUUCUUCUCCUGCCUUUUCUCCUACCCCGCUGGGCUGCUCUGUAUUUUUCUAUUCUUCUUUUUUUCCUCAUCUCCAAAAUAGCAAUUUUCAUGUUUUGUUUAUCACAGUAGCUGCCAUAAACACAAAACAAGGAAGUUUAUUUCAGACAAGCCUCCAAGGACUGGACUGGACUGGACUAGCAGAGACCUCCAAAACCCUAAUCUUGAAUCUCCGUCUCUGCUUUCAACUACAUUUCGCUGAUCUACCAAGUUCAACUUACUGAGCUCUGUUUCUGCCAGCGCACUUCUACGCGUAAAAAUGUCUUAUUCCAGUGGCUUCGCUGUGACGCGCAAUCACGGAGCAGACCGAUUCUACAACCCGCCGGCGGUGCGACGGAUGCGCCAGCAGACGGUGUUACAGCAGCAGCAGCCGCGGCUUCAGGUGCAGAGGCCGCAGCAGAAUGGAGCGAAUGGGGAAAUUGCAACUUCUGAGCCGGAGGACCGGACUGAAUCCGACGAUUCGAUCACCGCAUUCUCCAAACCAUCACCUGUCCCCUCCUCUUCUCCCGAGCCGCCUAUGAACAUCACCAACUUGGAUCGUUUGAUGGAAUCGGUUACUCCCUUCGUGCAAGCUCAGCAACUAUCUGAGGCAAUUGUAAGAGGAAACAGAACUCUUGAAGCCGAAGCGAAUUCAUUCUUUUACCUUGAGGAUCUCUGGGAGUCUUUGAGAGAGUGGAGUGUGUAUGGAGUUGGCGUGCCCCUGUUGUUGAAUGAGAAGGACCGUAUUAUUCAGUAUUAUGUUCCAUUCUUGUCUGGCAUACAGCUGUACAUAGACCCAUUGAAGUCAUCGUCUCAGCCAAGGAUAUCUGGUGAAGAGAGUAAUGUUGAGUCACUAAAAAAACCUAGUUAUGAUGAUGCGAAAUGGAACCAGCACAACCAAUUACAUGCAAAUUCCCAACAACCAAACAGGACCUCAAAGAGAGACCUAUCUGUAACGAGCUUGAAUGCUGAUGAAUCUGAAAUUAGCAAUCCUUCCGGAGUUCUCUUGUUUGAAUAUUUGGAGCAAGAACAGCCAUAUAAUCGCAGGCCAUUGACUGACAAGAUAAUGGACCUAGCAUCUCAAUAUCCAGAGUUGAAGAACUGCAAGAGCUGUGAUUUGAUGCCCUCAAGUUGGAUAUCUGUUGCUUGGUAUCCAAUAUAUAGAAUACCCAUAGGCCAC